GAAUAAGAAGAGCAUCGAGACUAUGCCACCCAGUUAUUUGGCUCGCUCGCACUGCCCAUGACAAUGCAAGCAGCCUUCAAUCUCGAUCUACUAGAGAUCAUAGCUAAGGCCGGUCAUGGCAUGAUGCUCACUCCAUUAGAGAUUGCGUCUCAAAUACCUUACAAUAACCCUAACACACCCUUCAUGCUUCGACGAAUACUCAACCUUCUCACUAGCUUCAAUAUUUUGACCGUCGCUACCACAAAUGAUGAGACACGAUACGGAUUGGCCCCGGUGGCGAAAUAUUUUGUGAAGAACGAAGAAGGUUUUUCCUUUGCACCAUUCAUGACCGUUUUACACGACAAGGUCUUUCUUGACAGCUGGUAUCAAUUGAAAAAUGUUGUGGUUGGAAGAUCUAUAGCCUUUGAUAAGGAAAAUGAGACAAACGAAUUCAAUUACCAAGGUGUGGACCCAAGGUUCAAUGAUGUGUUUAAUAGAGGCAUGAUGAACCACACAAAAGUCAUUAUAAAAGAGUUGCUACUAGCAUACCCUGGAUUCAACAAAGACAUGCAAAGCAUAACAUUGGUGGAUGUGGGCGGUGGCUUAGGCGCGACCCUCAACACAAUUAUUUCAAUGUAUCCCAUGAUCAAGGGCAUUAACUUCGAUUUGCCUCAUGUCAUUUGUCAAGCUCCUCCUUAUCCUGGUUAACUA